GGGGUCAGUGGGCAGAUGGCCGUGGAGGCCAGCCUCGGAAGGCUGUGCGGAAUCCGACGAGCCGACAUCAUCUCCACCGUUGAGUUUAACUACUCUGGAGACCUUCUUGCAACAGGAGACAAAGGUGGCAGAGUUGUUAUUUUCCAGCGGGAACAAGAGAAUAAAGGCCGCGCUCACUCUAGGGGAGAGUACAAUGUUUACAGUACCUUUCAGAGUCAUGAACCAGAGUUUGACUAUUUGAAAAGUCUAGAAAUUGAAGAAAAAAUUAAUAAAAUCAGGUGGUUACCGCAACAGAAUGCUGCUCAUUUUCUACUCUCUACAAAUGAUAAAACUAUUAAAUUAUGGAAAAUAAGUGAACGGGAUAAAAGAGCAGAAGGUUAUAACUUGAAAGAUGAAGAUGGACGACUUCGAGACCCAUUUAGAAUUACGGCACUACGGGUUCCAAUAUUGAAGCCCAUGGACCUUAUGGUAGAAGCAAGUCCACGACGAAUUUUUGCAAAUGCUCAUACAUAUCACAUUAAUUCCAUUUCAGUAAAUAGUGAUCAUGAAACAUAUCUCUCUGCAGAUGAUCUGAGAAUUAACCUAUGGCAUUUAGAAAUCACAGAUAGAAGCUUCAACAUUGUGGACAUCAAACCAGCUAACAUGGAGGAGCUGACAGAAGUCAUCACCGCCGCUGAGUUCCACCCACACCAGUGCAACGUGUUCGUCUACAGCAGUAGCAAGGGGACCAUCAGGCUGUGUGACAUGCGCUCCUCUGCCCUGUGUGACAGGCAUGCCAAGUUUUUUGAAGAGCCAGAAGACCCCAGCAGUAGAUCCUUUUUCUCAGAAAUAAUCUCGUCUAUAUCGGACGUCAAGUUCAGCCACAGUGGUCGGUACAUGAUGACCAGAGACUAUCUGUCGGUGAAGGUAUGGGACCUCAACAUGGAGGGCAGGCCUGUUGAGACCCACCAGGUACAUGAGUACCUACGAAGUAAGCUCUGCUCCUUAUAUGAGAAUGACUGCAUCUUCGACAAGUUCGAGUGCUGCUGGAACGGUUCAGACAGUGCCAUUAUGACGGGGUCCUACAACAACUUCUUCAGAAUGUUUGACAGAAACACGCGAAGGGAUGUUACACUGGAAGCCUCAAGAGAAAACAGCAAACCCCGAGCCAGCCUGAAGCCCCGGAAAGUAUGUACAGGGGGUAAGAGAAAGAAAGACGAGAUUAGCGUGGACAGUUUGGACUUCAAUAAGAAGAUCCUUCACACAGCCUGGCACCCCAUGGAGAGCAUUAUUGCUGUAGCUGCCACCAAUAACUUGUAUAUAUUCCAGGACAAAAUUAACUAAGGAAGCUGACUGGAGGACCAAGUGUUGUCUUGCAUAGUUAAGCUGGUCGUUUUCCUGUCACAGAAAAGGCAUUGUCCUCUCCAUUGAGAAUAGUGAUGCACUUCCACUUCCUCAUAGACACAGGAGAAGAAGGGGUCUCAGCUGGAGUCUUGGGAGAGAUGAGUGCCGCUGCUGAAAGGAAAAGCUACUCGAAGCUGAAUUGGUGGACUUUGUUCAAUAAAGGCCGUUACUCAAAUGUAUUUAUUUAAGUCUGAGCCUUCCUUUCCAACUUACUUAUAGACCAAAAAACUAACAUCUGAGAGGAUAAAAAGCUCAUCCCAACUCUCUCCAGCUCUUCCCUCUAUCUCUGCCAUCCAUCCCUGGAGCCCCAGUGGACUGCAUCGCCACUGGUGCGUGGAUACGCCCGAGCAGGCUCAGGCAGCUUUACUCACCCACUGUAUCUGCCAUCACACUCUGUGGAGCUACUUAAUAAACACAACACACUGUGAAGUGUUUUUAAACCCAAA